CGAAGAUACAAAGAUCAUCAAUUAUCGAAAGUUCAUCAUAUCUGAUCAAACUUCCUGCGCAUAACCUAUCUUCAAAGUCCCAUCUGCAAAAAACCCCUUCCAUUCAAAUCGCCGUUUAUUUUUGGCAUAUACACACAAUUCAGUUGCAACCGCAACCGCAACAGCAACAGCAGCAUGCCACCGCCACCUCCGCCGCCCUCGCGGCGGAACGACUCCAAAGCAUCAGCCGCCUCGAAGGAGGAAAACAUCUACAUCCCGUCCUUCAUCAGCAAGCGGCCGUUCUACGCGGGCGAGGAGGGCGACGCGACCGACUACCUCGAGCACCAGCGGCUGCACAAGACCAAGGACGACCAGUCGAAGUGGUACGACCGCGGGAAGAAGCUCGGCCCGGCCGCGACCAAGUACCGCAAGGGCGCGUGCGAGAACUGCGGCGCCAUGACGCACAAGGCCAAAGACUGCCUCAACCGCCCCCGCGCGAAGGGCGCCAAGUGGACGGGGAAGGACAUACAGGCCGACGAGGUCAUCCAGGACGUCGAGCUCGGAUGGGACGCCAAGCGCGACCGGUGGAACGGCUACGACCCCAAGGAGUACCGCCGCGUCAUCGAGCGCUACAACCACAUGGACGAGCUGCGCAGCCAGCUCUCCGGCGGGAAGGGGAAGGAAGACGGCGACGGGGGGGAAGAGGAUGGCGGCGGCGGCAGCGGCAGCGGCCAAGACGCGGGCGAGAAGUACGCCGAGGAGUCGGACAUGGGCCGGCACCAGAGCACGGCGACGCGGCAGCUGCGGAUACGGGAGGACACGGCCAAGUACCUCCUGAACCUGGACCUAGAGUCCGCCAAGUACGACCCGAAGACACGGUCGAUGGUCGACGCGGGGGCCACGGCCGACAAGGCGGCGCAGCUCUUCGCGGAGGAAGGCUUCCUGCGGGCGUCGGGGGACGCGGCGGAGUUCGAGAGGGCGCAGAAGUACGCGUGGGAGAAGCAGGAGAGGAGCGGCGACACGAGCCAGCAUCUGCAGGCGAACCCGACGGCGGGCGAGUUCUACCGGAAGAAAGAGCGGGAAGAGGCGGAGCGCCGGCGCCAGGAGAAGAUCAAGGCGCUGCAGGACAAGUACGGCGGCGACCAGCACGUGAUGCCGGCAUCCCUGCGCGAGGCCGCGGUCACAGAGUCGGAGCAGUUCGUCGAGUACGACGAGUCCGGGCUGAUCAAGGGCGCGCCCAGGACGUCGGCCAAGUCCAAGUACGCGGAGGAUGUCUACGUCAACAACCACACCUCGGUCUGGGGCAGCUGGUGGUCCAACUUCAAAUGGGGCUACGCGUGCUGUCAUUCUUUUAUUAGGAACAGCUAUUGCACGGGCGAGGAGGGUAAGAAGGCCUGGGAGGCGGCUGAGAAGCAAAGGACGGGUGUCGAGCUGAUCCAAGAAGCGCCUACUCAAGAGGAAGAAACGGAAAAGAAGGAAGAAGCUGAACCAACGCAACAAGCAAACAAGAAGCGCACGGUGGAAGAGAUGAUGGGUGGCGUUUCAGAGGCCGAAUUAGACGAAUAUCGCAGGAAACGCACAGCAGCGGACGAUCCUAUGGCAAAAUUCUUAGGGAACGACGAAUUAGUUCGGUAGCAUUAACAUACAUGAACAUAUCACCAAGCAUUGUUAAUACAAU